AUGUUUCUGAAGAAAGAUUGCGUGCUGGACGAUGAUGGUCAAAAGUACUUGAGCUCCCACAACUACAGUUUCAAAGGCCUGCUUCAUGGCUCCAAGCCGAAGCCGAGCUGGGAGCCUGGCAGCAAUGUGGUACGAGCUUGCGACUGCACCAUGGCAGUGGUUGCCACUUUUGCAGUCUCGAUGGGUGCAUUCUUGCUACCGCGGGUGCUGGCUGUGCUGUGUAUUUUGGCAGCUGGCUACAUAAUCGGCAGACUGGCAUGCUCCAUGUUCAUUCUCGUGCUGAGCGUAUUGGUGGGGAAAAUCCACAAAAACCAGCACGAGCGAGCAGUUGUCUUCUGGAGUUGGUUCCCAUGCUGGAAGUUCAUUCUUUGCUGCCUGGCGUGCCUCGCCGGUGCCCUCACUGGACAUCACCUCUGGCAGAACUAUUGGCAGCAGUACAGCGAUGUCUCACUCCUGAAGGCUUAUCACGGCAUAGAUCCUUCUGUUGUUCCGGGAAGUCAAAUUCAAGAUGCUGGUGCCGUCGACUUUGUCGCGGCCGGUGUCGACUCUGAGCACGGAGGGUGCUUCAUGAACGCGGGCACAACCUACUGCGUGGCACCGAUCGUCACAAACGGCACGAUCCACCAUAGUGUUGGAGGUGCACCACGGUAUGGAAGCUUCGACUACUUUGCCGUGGGCGUUGACUGUUGUUCGUGUCCGAACAUCAACUUCAGAUGUGGUGCCUGGAGGCAUCCUUGGGCAGAGGGCGGAAUUCGUUCCACAGACUUGGAAGCCAGACCGUUUUUCCGGCUGGCCGUUGAUGGCUGGGCCAGCACAUACCGCAAGACUUCGAGUCACCCCCUGUUCUUUGAAUGGGUGGAGUCGCCGGUGGCGCACUGGAAGAGCCUGCGGCACCAAUUCCUCAAGCGGCUCUUGUUGGCGCUGGCUAUGUGCUCUGCUCUAGUCUUGGCCUUCACUCUGACAUUGUCACGCGUCCUGCAGGCCCUGGUGGUUCACGGCUUCGCUUCGCCCUUGAAUGCCCCCGCGCCGCCAGAGGGAUUCGAGGCAGCUUGGGCGCGGUUCCUGCCACAGAUGCUGGAAAGUUACAAGGAGAGCCAGCUACAGCAGAACGCACCGUCAUUCACAGAAAGCCCGGAGAGCCUCUACGGAGCUGUUGACACUUCGUCGACGAGCCAGUCUGCCUAA